AUGGGAAAUAGCAAACCCAAAAAAGCUGAAUUCCAGAAGUUUAUUUCUGAAUGGGUUUAUGAGCUGAAGCAACUGGAACUCGGUUUUUAUAUCUGUCCACCAAAUUACAAUGAGACUUUCGUAAAAGUGCAUGCGUUUCUUAUGGCAGCAGCACUCGACAAAAAAUCCGUGCCAAAAGGAAAAGGCAGCACCCGAUUAUUUAUAAGGGAUAAAGAAAACAAUAUCAAAGAUCGAAAUAUAUUGAAUCUAUCACGCAGAAAACUACCAUUAAAAACGAACGCUGUAGAUCUUGCUUGUGGCCAACGCGGCUCAUAUAUUUUGCGCGAAUUGACAUAUUUUGAUCUUGGUCAAUCAUUGACUUCUGACUCUCUUCACAAUGUGUAUUCGGGAACGUUUAAACGUUUAUUAGAAAUAUGGUUUACAACUGCUAGCAAAUCAUAUUCAAUAAAGAAGAGUUUAAAUUUAAUUGAAGCCAAACUCGACUCAAUGCGAUAUCCCACCACCACUUAUCAUCUACCUUCUCAACUACGACAUUUUCAAACUUUCAAAGAAAAGGAAUUUCGUCUGGUGUUGUUAUUCAGCUAUCAGUAUUUUCAACCGUUUCUUCCUGCUCGUUGUUAUCAACACUUGAAACUUCUAGCAUUUGCUAUGGCUUUAUCAGAAUCGUCCGUGAUUUUUGAUGACACAAUCGACACUAUCAGAGAUUUACUAGAUGAAUUCGAUCGCUCUUUUUCAUCCUUAUAUCUAGCGAGUAUUCAUAUACGUUCAAUUACCCAAUCGAUCAAUGGACCCAAUCUGAUUAUCUCAGAACUAAUCAAUAAUCUAAACAUUGUCCAAAGUGCAACUAACGAAUUAAAUAACAUUAACUUGAACCGAUCGUUAAAGUUAUAUGUAUUUCGUAUUUUUUCCACCAAACGUCAAGCAUUACCAAGUGAAAAAUCCUUAGAUGAAAACUUUUCUAUACGUUUUGCCCGAAAACUUGAUUUGCAGAACAGCUCGAUCACGUUCAAAAAUGUUACUAUCUAUCAAACUUUCUGUAAAAACCACAUUCAAUUUUCAACAUAUGAUCUUCUUUCAACUACGAAAAAUUCUGACUCUUGUCUAUUGUUCAAACACCAACAACAGCAGUUUAGUUGUGGUUCCUUUUUUGCAAUUAUUCGCGAAUCAGUCGAUGAUUAUCGACUAAUUAUUCACACGGUGGACAUUACCAAUCAUGACAGUCUGAAAUUGAAAAACAAACAGAUAAUGAAUCCAUUCAUAUUCUGGGGGAAAUUGACAAAUCCACACCGUUUGGUCACUAUUCAUGCACAAGAUAUCAUCACUAAAUUAGCAUAUAACAAAAUCGGUGACGUUUUUCAGUUCUUUCGUUAUCCUAACAUUGUCGAAAGCACAUGA